AUGAUUCCGCCAGCAGUGGCCCGCCUCUCGAGGGUGUGGUUCCCAAGCGGUGGAAUCGCCGUCUCGGGGGUUGAAGAUGCUCACGCAAAGCUGAUCCGCGCCGGCUUCUUGCGUCAAUCAAAUGCUGGCAUGUUCCAUAUGCUACCCUUAGGGCACCGGGUACAAGACAAGGUAGAGCGACUUGUUGCUGGCCACAUGGAGGAGCUGCUGGCUGCGUCUAGGGUCUCGUUGUCCUCCAUAUCGGCAGAAUCAUUGUGGGAAAAGAGUGGCCGCUUGGACAGCGUUGCGUCCGAGCUCUUUCGUUUCUCUGACCGCAGGGACGUACCUUACUUGCUCGCCCCCACGCACGAGGAGGAGAUUACCUCGCUCACGGCCCGGUCGGUGAAGUCAUACAAGGAACUCCCGCUUCGGCUGUACCAGAUCACGCGCAAGUAUCGUGAUGAGUUCCGUCCGCGUCACGGCCUCCUCCGUGGGCGAGAGUUUAUCAUGAAGGACUUGUACACCUUCGACAGCAGUAUCGAUUCGGCCCUCGAGACGUAUAACGAUGUGCGUUCCGUCUACAGCCGAAUCUUUUCCGAUAUGAAACUGCCCGUUCUAUCCGCCAAUGCUAGCUCUGGUGAUAUGGGAGGCGACCUCAGCCACGAAUAUCACCUUCCCAUGCCGUUAGGGGAGGAUCGGGUCAUCAGUUGCAACAGUUGUAACUAUGUGGUCAACGAGGAGGUAGCCAACACGGCCAUAUCCGAGGAGGCCGCCGUUGAUAGCCCCUUCGAAAUCUGGCGGGGCAUCACCAAGGAUCGGACGAAGCUGGUCAACGUUUGGUACCCCAAGUGGACCCGGCCACGGGACGGCGGAGAACUGCGCGAGUACACCGAUCAAGACAUCAACCUAUCCGAGGUGAAAUCCAUCGUGCCCGACCUCGACACAGCGGUAGAGGAUGCCCUCCCCUUCUGGUCAACCGCCAUCGCCGCCGAGACAAGAACGGCGACGGAGAUAAUCAACGUCGUCGACGGCCGUCUCCCAUCUUCACUAGCGGGCAGUCUCAGCGGACCUACACCGAACCCUUCCAGCUGGCCCUCGGGAUUGAGCCCCCCGGCAACCCCACUACGCACCUCCGCUCUUCAUACAACAAGUGACGGCAGCGGCGUCCUCAACCUCCUGCGCAUCCGCACCGGCGACAAGUGCACCCAAUGCUCAUCGGGCCACCUCAAGGUGGAGCGGGCCAUGGAACUCGGCCACACCUUCUUCCUCGGCACAAGAUACUCAAAACCCUUGGGCGCCAUGGCCACCAUCCCGCCCGCGACACAACCGUCGCCCUUCCAGAUGGGAUGCUACGGCAUCGGCAUCUCCCGCAUCAUGGGGGCGGCUGCGGAACUCCUGGCCGACAAGACGGGUCUGAACUGGCCCGCCGCGAUCGCGCCGUACUCGUGCGUCGUUAUCCCCGGAAAGGACGCCGACGACAGUGAUGCCAUGCAAGUCUGCCACCAGAUCAACAGCAUAUCGGGGCCUGAGGGGCGGGUCGUUGACGUUGUUCUCGACGACCGGUCGAAAUCGUUGCCGUGGAAGUUGUCCGAUGCCGACCUCAUCGGUUUUCCGGUCAUUGUUUUGCUUGGGAGGGAGUGGCGCGAAGCGAAGCGGGUUGAGGUGCAGUGUCGCAGGUUGGGGGUGAAGCAGUCAGUCGAGAUCGCCGACUUGCCGGGCGUGGUGGGAAAGCUACAUGCGUCUCUGUAA